UCCAACCACUUGAGAUGUUGGUUCCAUUAUCUUAUAAAUGGGGACUCAUUCUUCUCCAUUAAUGUACCAACAUCACAACUCUCAUCUUUCUAAAAAAUAUUUCAUGGAUCCAUCAGAAUUUUUUUUUGAUAUCAAAGCUUACAAAAGACAGUCUGAAAUUGAAGAGAGGUAUAUCAUCAACCGGUUUAAGGAGCGUCGAAACAAAAUAGAGGAAGACUAUCCACCUACGGUAAAAAGAAAGAUUGUCUCUCGAAUUAGUGAAAGAGCCCACAACAGUGAUGCUAGUUAUUCCAACUCUAAAGGAUCUAAUGCUCAUUUAAUAGGGAGGGAUGCACCUACAAAAAAUGCAAAAAAAAAAAAAGGUAAGAGCGUAUUAUUGAAAGUGGUCAAUGAAAAAUGGAAUGAAGUUAAACAAUUGAAGAAGCAAGAGUUGGAACAAUUGGAAAAAAUAAACAUGAGACAAGAGGAGUUAUAGCACCACGUUCAACAUUGUAUUUUUACCAACAUUGCUACGGCGAAACGGCAAGCAGUGUAAUUUAGAGAACCGUGAAGCGACCGUCGAUACUCUCUAUUCGCCACUAAUAAUAUCUUCGCUGAUUUGCUUAGGUCUCUUGAUUUCUGGAUUUAAAAAAGGAAUGGGAUCGGAUUGUUUGACACCAGAAUGGGCUUCUCAGCCUUGUCUCAUUGGGAUUGACGAAGCCGGAAGGGGUCCUGUUCUAGGUCCCAUGGUGUAUGGGUGUAUGUAUUGUCCUGUUUCCUACCAGUCUUCUCUGGCUUCUCUCCAUUUUGCAGAUUCAAAGACUCUGAAAGAGGAGAAAAGAGAAGAAUUAUAUGAAAACUUAAAGCUUGACAAUUCUCUUGGAUGGGCUGUUGAUGUCAUUGAUCCCAGGGAACUCUCAGCUAAGAUGCUCGCAAAAAAUAAGACUAAUUUAAAUGAGAUUUCACAUAACUCUGCGAUGGGUCUUAUCAAAAGGGUACUGGACAUGGGAGUUUUUCUAACAGAGGCAUAUCUGGAUACUGUGGGAGAUCCCGAGAAAUACAGAAUAAAAUUGUCGGAGAGAUUUCCGUCAAUCAAGUUUGUCGUUUCAAAGAAAGCUGACAGUCUAUUCCCUAUCGUUAGUGGGGCAAGUAUUGUGGCUAAGGUGACAAGAGACAGAGCGUUGAGAGAAUGGUUGGUAGAGGAAACCGGAGAAAAUAUUAACAGAAACUUUGGUUCUGGAUAUCCUGGAGAUCCUGAGACAAAGGCAUGGUUAGUGCAACACAAACAUUCUGUGUUUGGAUUCCCAUCGCUGGUCCGCUUCAGUUGGGGAACUUGCACUGCACAUUUGAAGGGCGAGGUUGAAGUUGCAUGGGAAGCAGAUGAAACUGAAGAGAGUGGUAAUGGAAGUAGCAGCAAACGACAAGCGAAACUAAGCAGUUUUGGGUUCAAAACAUGCGAGAGUAGGAGCGAAGAAAUCGAGUCGAGUGGAAAAGGGCGCUGCAAAUUUUUCCAAGCUCGCAAAAUCCAACAACUCACUCAGUUUUAAUCUCAGUACAAGACUGAAUCAGUUUUAAUAUCUUAGCUUAUUCACUUGGUGAUUGUUGUUUCGUUAUCUUUCUUAGCUUUUUUGUCCAUUUUCUGAACCUCUGUAAUUGUUUGUAGGGGUAAUAGGGGAAUCGUCAAGCCGAUUAAUACUCUGGCAUGUUUUACUAAUCAGCUAGCUGGACUGCCUCCUCAGGUGUAA